UCAGCAAACGACAAACGGCCAUUUCAUCUACACCACCAAUUCCACCCUACCAUCUCAUCUGAAUAUAUCGUAAUUAUGGCGCCGAAUAAGAUUAUCAUCGAUACGGACCCUGGCGUCGAUGAUAUCCUGGCUAUGCUACUGGCCUUUUCGGCCAAGAGCGAGGAGUUGGAUAUUUUGAUGUUGAGUUUGACGUUUGGGAAUGUCGAGGUUAAGAAUUGUCUACGAAAUGUCGUCACCCUGUUCCACUACAUUGAGAAAGAGAGGGCGUGGCGGAAGGAGAAUAGCAGGCCAGAGGGGUUUGAGACAUUAAGUGCGAGGAAACCUAUUGUUGCUGUUGGUGCUGAGGAGCCAUUGGCGGAACAUAUGAUGGUCGCGGACUUCUUCCAUGGAAUUGAUGGGCUGGGAGGUAUCCAUCACAGCCACCCACACCUCUCACCAGAAGAGACGUGGAAAUCGCUCUUCACACCUCAGCCGAAGAACAUGUCGGCUGAAGAAACUGCGGCGCUGCAAAAAGUCAAGGAGAAACAUUCGCUCUUCACGCCAUCGCUAAAGCCAGCACACGAAGUCAUGCUCGACCUGUUGAAGGAGAACGAGCCCGAUACGGUUACCAUUGUGGCAGUUGGACCACUGACAAAUCUUGCUCUCGCUGCUGCUCAAGAUCCUGAGACAUUCUUGAAAGUCAAGGAAGUCGUCGUCAUGGGCGGUGCCAUCGACGCGCCCGGAAACCUCUACGCAGCUCUGAAAAGCCACCCACAGCGUCGUCCACCCCCACCCCUCCAUCUAAUCUACAACCCGCACAUCCUCUCCAUCCCCGUCCCUCCCUUCAACCUAAUAAAACAACCCAACACCCCCCUCCGCCACUCACUAAACCUGUGCAACCAGAUGACACCCGGCGCCGAAUUCAACACCUACGCCGACUCCGUAGCCAGCGCGCGCGUCUUCGCCCUCACAUCCGCCAACCCGCACCUAACCAUGCCGCCCGCAUUGUCAAACCCACAGAAGAAGAACCAACUACCGCCCUACCCAAAAUCGUUGAGCAAAAGACUAACCAUCAAACUCUUCCCGCUCGACACCACGGAGUUACAUGUAUUGCCCAAGGCAAUGUACGAAGACUACAUCAACCUAAAACCCAUCAAAGGCUCUCCCCUCUCCGAAUGGACCGCCCUCUUCCUCUCCGCCACCUUCGCAAAAAACGCCGCCUUGAACCCUCAACAAGACACCACAAAAGCCGGACUCCAACUCCACGACCCGCUAACUAUAUGGUAUGCGCUCUGUCCCAGCAACCCCUUAUGGAAGUUCAAAGAGGAAGAUGUCAGGGUUGAGACGAGCGGGCAGUGGACGAGGGGGUGCACGAUUGUGGAUCGGAGAGGUAGACCGAUUACGGAGGGAGAGAGCAGUUUGGAUGAGGAGGUUGUGGGGGAUGCGGGGGGUUGGAGGGAUAGUCGGAGGGGGAACCGGGUUGGGUGGUGUACGAGGAGUCCUGGGGAGGGGAAGUUUGCUAGAGUGUUGUUGCAUAGGGUGCUGGGGGAUGGUGAACAGUGGUAGAGUGGUUUGUGGGGGGUUGAGUAGAUGAGUGCUGUUUGGCAGAGGAUGUGUGGUCUUCAGAGUGGCAUGUGUGGAGAUGCUGAGUAGCCAAUCUUGCACUCUGCGCCACGUGGUUCAGCUUCGUACUCAGACUAGAUUUGGCACAAGCAUUCUCUUUCCUCCACCAUCGAAGUGUCAGCAAAGUCAAAGACAAAAGGCAUAUGCGCAUUCGUCUCCAACCUAUACAUCCACAAAUCUAAACCCAGCAAGCUUGCUACCUAUCCGUCGGCCUACCCGCCAUCACCUAUUCACCUAUCCGUGCCUUCCUUACACAACGGCUUAUGGGGCUGGGUAGGUGGGUGGUCACAGAGAGCUGUACAGCAUGUGUGGCAGCUGGGUUUCCCGAGGGAGUGGAUAUUCUCCGAAGGGAAGAGGGGGUUUGUGUACGUCUUGUGUCAUUGUGAUGCGAGAACGGCGGUCAUUCCGAGUGGUUCGCUUAGAGGGUAGUUUGUGUUGGAU